AUGCGAUCUUCGCUCCAUCCCGUUAGACUGCUUUAUACAUCGUUGUCCUCCUAUUUGGACCGGUCUAGCAUGGAAUACAUGCUUGGGCUACAGAAAAUGGCACCGCCAAUACCAUAUUUGCUUGUCAUGUAUCCAGAUCUCGGCUAUAGCGAUCAAAGCAUUUCUGAUAGAUAUGAUAAAGCAGACUUCAGUUUAGAUCUUUCAGAUCUACGCCGCAGGUAUCUGAUUUUGCAGCAAAUGUUUCAUCCAGAUAUCGUUUCUUCAAAAGAUACCUUGUCAGAGCCGGGUGCUGGCUGCUCUUUGAAGAGUGUAGAAGGUUCGGAAUCACCUUUGAAUACUUCUAAGACCUUGAUACGUUUGAAAAACCAGUCUCAUAUUAUUGGAGAGGCCUAUUUCAACCUUAGAGAUCCUGUAAAAAGGGCCGAGCAUUGGCUUUGUAUGCACCAGACCUAUUCGAAACACGAGGGUUGCCAAUCUUGCAGUUUGUCGUGCGAAAAAAUGUCGUAUAUCCGCCCCGAGUUCCUGGAGGAAUUAAUGGCGCUGCAUGAGGACAUCGAUGAAGGGAAGCAUGAUGCAUAUUCUGAUAUUGUAUCAAGAAAAAAAGAAAUCAUAGAGACCUUGCCAGGAAUCGUAGAGGCGCGCAAAUGGGAGCGCCUCGCAGCCAUCCUUUCAAAAUAUCGAUAUUUGAAUGCAUUGAGCAGUAGAAUGUAG